AUGGCAUCCUUUGCUUGGCCAGAUCCUGCGAAGCCCACGCCGACAUCCAAGGUGGUCUCGGAUCCCAAGGAUUGGAAGGACGAGGCUCUGCUCAUUCCUCAUGAAUGCAUUCGCUGGUACAACGCCCACUUGCUGCAGAUUUUGGACGAGUUCGACCCAGUGGCUCGGCCAACGUGCGCAUGGAAGACCAAGGUGCUUUUCAGCUUCUUUGCGGACUAUUACAUGCCCUUCGUCCAUCAUCACCACCACGGGGAGGAGCAUAUCUACAAUCCUGGCAUCCUCGAGAAGUGCAAGAGUGCAGGUGUGGCAGAUCCAUUUCCCAAGAUCAAGGAGGACCAUGAGAAGCUUCUGUCUCACUUAGAAAGCCUGCUGACCUUUCGCAAAGGAAUCGAUGCAGGCGAUGGUCAAGUCUUGGAAGAGUUCAAGAAGAGCAUGAAGGAGAUGAUCGAGUUCAUGGAGGAGCACCUUGCAGAAGAGGAGCGGGACUACCCCAAGAUUUUCGAUGCCUGUAAGAUGACCCAGGAAGAAGAGGGCGCGCUCGUGCACAAGAUCUUGGAGAGUUUGGGCUUGGACGGAAACAAGCGCAUGCUGCCAACCGUACUCUACACCAUGGCCUUGUGGAGGGGAAAGGACAAGAUGCUCGAAUGGGAGACGCACCUCCCUGGGCCAGUCCGCAUGCUGAACAACAACUGUUGGGUCAAGGACUUUCAGGAGAAUCAAUUGCGAGUUCUUGAGGCCCUCAAGAAAGAGGAGGCCUUCGAACCCCAGGUCAGGAACCACACCUUGAGGACGCGGCGGAUGGGCCCUUUCUGUCUGGUGGAUGCUACCAUUGUGGUGGAUGCUCGUAUUUCGGCUUCUGCUGCUUCCAUGAUUGCCGAGGCAGUUCACGACCAGGUCAUCCGCGAUUUCCACCCAUCUGUCACAGACGUCCUCGUACACGUUGAUCCAGACGGCAGCCCGCAAUCGCAUCGUCUGGAGACGCACUCAGAGGUAGGUGCAAUGUCGGACCCCGUGAUGAACCCCGAGGAGCUGGAAGCCCGGAUACGCCAGGCCCUCCUGCAGGAGGACACUGACAAAGACCUGCCCCGGAUCUUAGAGGUGACAGACCUGCAUACCUACUUCUACAUGGAGGAUGAGAGGAACUUCACUUCAGAUGGUCAUCCUGACUUUAUCUAUCCUGGCUGCCAUGCGAAGUUCGUCCUGACGGUGGGGAAAACCGUGGACUUGCACCCUGGUGAUGUGGUGGAGUCUGCCCUGCAGAACAAUGUCGUGCAAAGCAGGUCGGCAGCUGAUUUUGCCGUGGGGAUCUCCCAAAACAAGGGCGUGCGCCGAGGUGAGGAUGUGGUCGUGACACCCGGAAGCAAUGGCGUCCUCAAGAUUGCCAUGCUUAUGGAUGGACAUGGAGGCCAGGGCAUCGUGCAGCACGCCGCGGCCCUUCAAAAGCGCCUCCUUGAGCGCUGCACGAGUUUCGAGGCAUGGCCUGGCUGUGCUGAAGAAGCAGUUGCAGCCUUUCAGGACCAAGCGCGGGAGCAGCACUGGCCGAGUGGUGCCACCCUUGUGGCCGUGGUCUCGGAGGUGAAGACCUCCAGAACAGCCUUUGCUUGGGCCGGAGAUUCCCAGGGAGUUUGGAUCCGCGGUGGGCAGAUCGUGUACAGGACCACCACGCACACCACCGAGAACGUCGCAGAACUCCAGCGCCUGCAGACACACCGCCCUGCGUACAGCUAUCGCCUUCGGCACGGCUACUUGUGCAGUACGACUCCCAAUGCUGGGUGCGUGAUGCCGACCAGGGGCUUGGGCGAUGUAGACUUGGAAAGCGCUGGAUUCCUGGCAGUGCCUGAAACCUCAGAUUUUGUGGAAGUGGAGGCAGAUGAUGUGAUUCUCAUUGCCUCCGAUGGUUUGUGGGAUGUCGUGAGUGAAGAACAAGUCUUGGCCAUCUUGGCAGACAAGCAGCUCCCGACGCUCGAAGCCCAGGCGACGGCGCUGGCUGCAGCGGCGGUGCGUGCUUGGCGGGCACAGUACGGCUCUUCCGAAGCAGAUGAUGUCAGCGUACUCCUGUACAGGCCGCAGCUGGAUUCCGCCAGUGGCGCUGAGCUCUGA